AUGCUGUCGCACGUCACACUCUUCACUGCCCUGUCGCUCCUCCUCAUCGCGCGGCGCGGAUUCAUGCAGGAAUCCCGCGACUGUGACACGCUCAGAAUCCUCAAUGCGAGCGAAAUGAGCAUCGGUGAGAAAUUGGGUCAGCAAACCCUCAUCAUUCACCAUCUCUCGAAGAGAUUGAGGUUGCUCGAGAGAAGACUGAAGUCCGUGGAGCAACCAAUUUGGGUGAUUCGCGAAGGAAGCAAUGCGUCCUGGAUUGAGUGCGAAAGAGGACCGUGUCAAUGUGAUAAGAUAGCAAGAAGCAUCUCUUGUAGUGGAAAGUAUCUCAACAGUCUUCCAAUCAAUCAAAUUGUACCUUCAGCAGUGAAAAAAUUCUUCCUGACAUUUUCUAGGGACUUAUCAAGAAAUUCUCUGUUUGCUCUCAAUCGAGAUUCCUUCAAAGGACUACGAAAUCUCUCAGAAUUGCUGCUCUCUGAGAAUCGCCUAGAAUACAUUUCACAGGAUCUUUUUCACGGCCUCAAGGACUUGACUUACUUAAAGUUAUCCUUAAAUAAGAUUGAACAUCUUCACACUAGAACUUUUGUCAGUGUUAAGAAUCUGCAAAUAAUAGAUCUUCAUGACAAUUUGUUUGAAGACGUUCACGAAAAUCUCUUAAAUUCCUUAGAAGAUCUACUAAUAGUGGAUUUAUCGAGCAACAAAUUGAGAAAACUCCCGGAAAAUCUGCUGAGAAACACAACAAAACUGCUAGAGUUCAAUGUAUCCAGGAAUAAGAUCAAGGACCUGAAGACUGAUCUGUUCAAGUACAUUCCGUCACUAAAGAGACUUCAAUUAGACAACAACCACCUUUGUAAUGUGCCCUUAUCGUAUUAUAUCAUCACUAAUUUCUUCAUUCAUACAAUUUCUCUCCACACAAUAGCUUAUAUUCCCGAUCGAGUGUUUGGUCAUCUCACAAACUUGCAAUACUUAUCGAUGAAGAGUAACAAAGUGAGUCAUAUCACGGAUAAAUCGUUUGAGAAUCUCUCAAGCCUUAUCACUCUUGAUUUGGCUAUGAAUAACAUCAGACAGGUAAAUAACAACCCACUGGAAGGCAAUUUAAGCUCUUAUCUCAUGAAUUUUCUCUUCUAUAGAUAGAAGAUCGGGGAUUUUUGAACCUGGCGAAACUUCGGGAAUUGCGCCUCGGACACAAUUCUCUGAAUAAUAUUCCUGACCUCUUGUUCAGCAC